CAAAAAACAAUCUACAAAUAGAUUUAUAAAAUGCCUGCGCAUGCAAAAUAUGAGUGAGGGAGAAAGGGAGGCAGAAGAAAAGAGCGAGAGAUGGAAAGUAAAUUAUUAAGAAAAGGGGAAGGAGAGAUGUUGAGGUAGUUUAUUUGUGAGGAGAAUUGAUCGGAUCAUGAUGUUAGGAUUAAGUUUCCUGCUUCUCCUGCUCUCCCACUCAGCCUACUCAGUGCUGCUGGGAUGGGUGGAGUCUCCAGGGUAUCCCACUGGAUACCUGCCCCAUGCCAGUCUGAACUGGAGCAGGUGUGCCCCCAAAGGUCACACCCUCUCCAUCAAACUCAUCCACUUGGACCUAGAGGACAGCCAAGACUGUGAAAACGAUGCAGUGAAGGUUUUUUCAAAUGGAAACCUCAUCUCAGUCCUGUGUGGUAAAAAGGAAUUUGAGGAGCUUCAAUCCACUGUAAAUCCCUCGCUCCUUUCUUCCCCGGGUGGCUGCCUCUCUCUUACGUUCCACUCCGACUACUCAAACACCAAGAGGCACACUGGCUUCAGAGGUUUUUACAGUGAUCAAGACUUUGACGAAUGUGAGGACGACCCCGACAACGGAUGCACCCAGUUCUGUCACAACUACAUCGGAGGGUACCACUGCUCUUGUCGACACGGUUACCACCUGGACGUGGACAAACACACUUGCACAGUGAGUUGUGCUAAGGAUCUGUCGGGGCUGAGCGAAGGUGACAUAUCCAGCCCCGACUGGCCUGCUUCAUAUGCAGAGAAUGCCAACUGUCAGUACACCCUGUCUGUGGAGGCCACCCUGCAGCUGGAGCUGCACUUCUCCAGAGAUUUUGAUGUGGAGCAAAGCCCUGAUGGUCAAUGCAUAGAUGCCCUGAGGUUUGAAACUCCCACUGGGACUCUGGGGCCAUUCUGUGGUCACACGCCUCCCCCCUCUCCCUUUUUCACUCACUCGCAUCAUGUCCAAAUCCGCUUCACCUCUGAUGGCUACGGCACUAACAAAGGCUUCACUCUUCACUUCAGGACCAGAGACAAGGUCUGUCCAGCAGUCGUGACCUCACACUCCACUGUGACUCCGCAGCAACCAGAAUAUAGUCAGGGUGAAACAGUGACCGUAUCUUGUGAUCUUGGAUAUGUUGCUGAUACUCAAGGCACCCAGAUGCUGUCAUCACAGUAUGUGACGAUAUGCCAGAAUACAGGCAUAUGGACUCCCAAUUACAUCUGCAAACCUGUGGAUUGCGGUUUUCCUGAUAUCCCAGAAGAUGGCAUCCUUCAGCUGGUGGUCUCAGAUAACCCACACACUCAGUAUGAAGACCAGAUCCAGUUAAACUGCAGCUCAAAGUACUACACACUCGAAGGCGAUGAUGCAUACACUUGCGGUGCCAGUGGUGAAUGGGUAUCAGGAGACGGCAAUACAGAGAUGCCGAAAUGCAUUGAAGUGUGUGGGAAACCUGAAAAACACCCUGCAAGUAGAGCCAGAAUUCUGGGAGGUAAAAAUGCAAAUAUCGGAGAGAUACCAUGGAAUCUUUUGAUUAAAGCACCGAGCAGAGGAGGCGCAUCACUUAUCAGUGACCGAUGGGCUGUCACAGCAGCGCAUGUGGUGGAAGACGUAGAGGAAAGCUCUUUGUCACUGUAUGGUGGCCUGGUAGAUGGGAGAACAACAUCAAAUACAUUGUCUAAUGUUGUUGUCAUGAACAGUGAGAGGAUCAUAAUUCACCCUGGCUACACCAAGGGCAUUGGAGAACGCACCAAUUUUGACAAUGAUAUUGCUCUUAUCAGAUUAGCUUCCAGAGUGAAUUUAGGCCCAAACCUUCUUCCCAUUUGUCUGCCAGCGGUAAACAGGGGCUUGAUUGAAAAUGAACAAGGCACAGUGUCAGGCUGGGGGAUAACAGAGUCCAACAAGGGUAAUUUAAUUACGUCAGCCUUCUUAAAAUACGCUCAUAUUGGGGUCUACUCCCUUACAGAGUGCAAGAAUACACCGUACACCCAAAACAACAAACGCAUGACUUUCACUGAUAACAUGUUCUGUGCUGGAGCACCAGGAAAGGACAGCUGCCUCAAAGACAGCGGAGGUCCGUUGGUUUUUCCUAUGUUGGCUGAACGCACAGAGCCUUAUUAUCUCAGCGGCAUUGUGUCCUGGGGACCCCCCUGUCAGGAGAGGCAAUACAAGGGUUACUAUACCAAGGUGGAGAAUUACGUAGACUGGAUUAAGGACACAAUAAAUACAAUUGAAAAGUCUAUGUUUCACUUGAAUGUGAGACAUUUGCUCCUGCAACAGUGGAUCAGUUUACUCACGGAUAUAGCAUUUAAUCCAGAUAUGACGUGGACUUCCUGUAUCAUUUUGUUUCUGUAUGUGUCAGUGUGUGAGUGCUGGCCGCUGCCUGACACAGGGCCUCUAAUGCAUGGGGAGAUCCAGUCCCCCCAGUAUCCUCAGCCUUACCCUUCCAACCUGCAGGAGCAGUGGAUCCUCAGUGUGCCAGAGGGCUACCAGAUCCGACUCACCUUCACACACUUGGACAUUGAAGCUUCUGCUGGCUGCUAUUAUGACGCCCUCACAGUUCUCUAUGAUACAAAGAUCCUGGGGAAGUUUUGUGGUCAUGAGAACUCGGCUGAUGGGUAUCACCCUGGCAACCAGCCCAUCCUGUCUCCAGGCAACAGACUCACCCUCAUGUUUCAGUCAGACGACAACAACCCAGAGCGCCACCAGAAUGUGGGCUUUUCUGCUCAGUACCAGGCAAUAGACAUGGAUGAGUGUUCUGCGCCAGAACCUGAAGAUGGAUCAGGUCCACUGUGCUCUCAGAUCUGCCUCAAUACCCUUGGCUCAUACCUCUGCUCCUGUCACCACGGCUACGAGCUUCGCCCGGACCAGCGCAGCUGUGUGUUAUCCUGUGACGGAGGCAUAUUUGAUGAGACAGAGGGACAUCUGUUCAGUCCAGGAUACCCUAACCCCCCACAUCAUGCUGUGUCAUGUCAGUACAUUAUUUCUGUAGAAUCUGGCUUCGCUGUCGUUCUUAACUUUACUGACAACUUCCACAUCGAGAGCAUGGACACUGAGCAAGGUCCAAACUGUCUCCAUCACUGGUUGCAGGUGACAUUGUCGGACAGAGAGCCCAUGAAGCUGUGUGGUAAAAAGAGUCCAGGUCUGAUACACACAAACUCCAACACUGUCAGACUGGACUACCACACUGAUAACGAAGGCCUGAGCAAAGGCUGGAGCCUGGAUUACAGCACAUACAGAGUGAAGUGUCCGUUGCCCGGUAAUGUGACUAAAGGCAAGGUCACUCCUAUCUUGACUGAAUAUUUCUACAGAGACUACAUCUAUGUGCGCUGUGACCAAGGAUACAAGCUGAUGAUGGAUGGUCAGGAGGUCGAGGGUUUCUCUACCAUGUGCCAAAGCAAUGGACAGUGGCAUCUCCCUUUACCAGAGUGCCACAUAACUGAUUGUGGUGAACCUGAACCCUUGCUGAAUGGAGGGGUGACAUUCCUGUCUGGCUUUCAGAAUCAGUACCGUUCUGUUGUUCAGUAUCACUGUAAUGAACCAUUUUACUCUCUCCUUGGGGGCAUUAAUGUUGUCUUCACCUGUGAAGCCGACAGAAAGUGGAGAUCCAACAGUGAUAUUGUUGUCAGUCCAACAUGCAUACCAGUCUGUGGCCAGCCAACAAAACUCAUCUCUACCUAUCAGAGGAUCAUCGGAGGCAGUGAAGCUCCAGACGAUUCCAUCCCCUGGCAAGUGCUACUGAACAUAGAGGGGGGAAGAGGAGGAGGCAUGGUGAUAGGAGACCGCUGGAUUUUGACUGCUGCUCAUGUCAUAAUGAAGAAAGGAAAUCAAGUAUCAAAAGAGACUGUGCGGAUAUAUAUGGGCCUUACUAAUGUUAACACCCUGACGGUCUCUCCUGUGUAUGCUGACUCAAUCCACAUUCAUCCUGAAUACAACAACCCCAGUGAUGUAGACUUUAACAAUGACAUUGCCCUGAUCAAACUGCAAGACUCCAUCACAUUCAACUCAUCCAUCAUGCCAAUAUGUUUGCCACCAGAGGGUGCCACAUUCGUCACUGGUGUGAUGGGACUGGUGUCAGGCUUUGGCAUUACAGAAAUUGACGGCCGAAGUAUUUCAACAAAUAAGAUGAAGUAUGUGCAAGUACCUGUGGUGGAGCAGGAGACAUGCAGUAAAUCAAUCACUUUGUUGAAGAAGACAAGAGACAGUGUUCCAAGUCUGUCAAAUAACAUGUUCUGUGCUGGAGUCCCUGAAGGUGGGAAGGACUCCUGCCAGGGUGACAGUGGAGGUCCCUACGCUCUUAGAGACAAUGGAAGGUUCUGGGCUGCUGGGAUUGUCAGCUGGGGGGUUGACUGCGGAAAGCAAGGAACAUAUGGAGUCUAUACCAGAGUUACCAACUACGUGGACUGGAUCAACAAGACUAUGCAGGAGAACUGAAAUAUACAGUUAAAAACAUUUACAAUAACAUAAAAAA